AUGUUGUGGGAAGAGGAGCAAAACUUUUGGGGCAACACUGGCUUCAGUGGAAGCUUGGGGAGCGCGGGAGGCGGCCAGGACAGGUCUUUCCUCGCCAGCUUCUUGGUAGCUACAGCCACCUGGGUGCACACCCGUGGCUGCGCCAAGGCGCCGGAGGAGGCGCCGGAGGACGCCGCCCGGGCGGCCGAGGAGCCGCAGCUGCUGCACGGUGCCGGCAUCUGUAAGUGGUUCAACGUGCGCAUGGGGUUCGGCUUCCUGUCCAUGACCGCCCGCGCCGGGGUCGCGCUUGACCCCCCAGUGGAUGUCUUUGUGCACCAGAGCAAGCUGCACAUGGAGGGCUUCCGGAGCCUGAAGGAGGGUGAGGCCGUGGAGUUCACCUUUAAGAAGUCUGCUAAGGGCCUGGAAUCUAUCCGGGUCACGGGCCCCGGUGGGGUGUUCUGUAUUGGGAGCGAGAGGCGGCCCAAAGGGAAGAACAUGCAGAAGCGCAGAUCAAAGGGAGACAGGUGCUACAACUGUGGAGGUCUAGACCACCAUGCCAAGGAAUGCAAGCUGCCACCCCAGCCUAAGAAGUGCCACUUCUGCCAGAGCAUCAGCCACAUGGUGGCCUCGUGUCCACUGAAAGCCCAGCAGGCCCCCAGCUCACAGGGAAAGCCAGCCUACUUUCGGGAGGAAGAAGAAGAAGAAAUCCAUAGCCCUGCCCUGCUCCCAGAGGCCCAGAAUUGAGCUACAGUGGGUGGGGGCUAUGCUUUUGUGAUCAGGAAGUUUUGAGGAGCAGGCAUCAAUCGGCAGAGUGGAGAA